CCCCAUUCCCUCUCUCUAUCUCGAAAUGGAACCACUUAUGGCGCCUUCUUUAAAUUUUUAGGGUUUCAUUCUCUCACUCUCUCUUAAGCCUCUUCUCCCACUAUCGAUUCGAUCCAAUUCCUUUGGUUUCCUUCCUCUGGAUCCCUAUUUUUUUCUCCCGAAAGCAAAAGAAAGAGAAAAUUAAUAAUGGCCGUGUCCCUGACGCAGAGUGCGAUAAUGGAGAUGUGCAGUGCGAAUUGCCCCGAGGGCUUGCAACCGGUGCUGCAGGUGAUCGAGUUGAAGCUGGUGCAGUCGCAGCAAAACAGCAACGUCGAGAGGUACCGUUUGGUUCUCUCCGACGGUUCACAUUACCAGCAAGGGAUGCUCGCCACGCAGAAGAACGACUUGGUUCAUGCUGGAAAGUUACAGAAAGGUUCCGUUGUUAGACUCACUCAGUUCAUCUGCAACGUUGUCCAGAGCCGCAAGAUUAUUAUCAUCGUUGACCUAGAUGUUGUACUGGACAAAUGUGAGCUGAUUGGAGAACCUGUCCCUGCACCAAAAGAUGCACCUACAGAAUCUGCAACUGGUCAAUCAGGAGUCACAUCUGGGAAUCCACAACUUUUGAAUAGCAGUUCACACACUGGUGGCAUGCCUGCUAGACCAAAUGUGGCUUCACCAUCUCCAGAUCAUCCAAAAGUAAAUCCUUCUGCCAGUGGUGUUUAUUCUAGUAAUGCCCCUCCUACUUAUCCUAAAGUAGAGCAUGGAGUUAGUAGAUCAGCACCAUUCAGUGGGUCUUCUGGUGGUCAGAACACAGGUUUCCGCAAUCCCCAAUUUGAGGCGUCAAGGCCCUUGCAAAACUCAUAUGCUCGUCCACCUCAGCAGCCUAUGUACCGUCAGCCAUCUCCAAUGUACACUAACAGAGCGCCAAUGGGAAGAAAUGAAGCUGCCCCCAGGAUAAUUCCAAUAGCAGCAUUGAAUCCAUACCAGAGUAUGUGGACUAUUAAAGCCAGGGUAACAUUUAAGGGAGAACUCAGGCACUAUACCAAUGCUCGAGGUGAUGGCAAGGUGUUUUCUUUUGAUCUUCUGGAUUCUGAUGGCGGAGAAAUUCGGGCAACUUGCUUCAAUGCUGUGGCUGAUCAGUUCUACAAUGUUAUUGAAGCUGGUAAGGUAUAUCUAAUUUCCAGGGGAAGCAUAAAGCCAGCUCAGAAGAAUUUUAAUCACCUUCGCAAUGAUCAAGAGCUGACCCUUGAUGUGGCAUCAAUUAUACAGCCAUGCCUUGAUGAUAAUGACUCAAUUCCAUCACAGACAUUUAAUUAUCGCCCCAUUAGUGAAAUUGAAAGUUUGGAAAACAACAGCAUUGUGGAUGUGAUUGGUGUGGUGACUUCUAUUAGUCCUACAGCUUCAAUCAUGAGAAAAAAUGGCACUGAAGUUCAGAAGAGAACUCUCCAGUUGAAAGACAUGUCAGGCCGAAGUGUUGAGUUAACUCUAUGGGGAAAUUUUUGCAUUGUAGAAGGACAAAGGUUGCAAACUAUUUGUGAUGCUGGGGAAUUUCCAGUUUUGGCUACAAAAGCUGUCAGAGUAAAUGAUUUCAAUGGGAAGUCUGUCGGGACUAUAGCCACUAGUCAGCUAUAUGUGGAGCCUGAUUUUCCUGAGGCUUGUACACUGAAAAGAUGGUUUGAAAAUGAAGGGAAGAGUGUCCCAACUCUCUCUAUUUCCAGAGAAAUAUCUAAUCUGGGUAAGACUGAUGUGCGGAAGACUAUAUCUCAAAUUAAAGAUGAGAAGUUAGGGACUUCAGAGAAGCCUGAUUGGAUAUCUGUCUUUGCAGCUGUUUCACACAUUAAGGUUGAUAACUUCUGUUACCCAGGGUGCCCUCUCAAGAUAGGGGAUAGACAAUGUAACAAAAAGGUGACUAAUAACGCAGAUGGGACAUGGCAUUGUGAAAGAUGUAAUCAGUCUAUUGACACAUGUGACUUUAGGUACUUACUGUCAAUGCAGAUACAGGAUCACACUGGCAUAACAUGGGUUACUGCUUUCCAGGAGAGUGGUGAGGAGAUAAUGGGUAUACCUGCAAAAGAUUUGUAUUAUAUGAAGUAUGAAGAGCAAGAUGAUGAUAAGUUUUCUGAAAUCUUCCACAAGGUUCUCUUCACCGAGUACAUGUUCAAGUUAAGAAUAAAAGAGGAAUUCUACAGUGAUGAACAACGUAUUAAGUCAACGAUAGUAAAAGCAGAAAAGGUAAACUUUGCUUCUAAAUCUAGAGUUAAUUUGGAGUUGAUUUUUAACGAACUCAGGGCUGAGAAAUCGAAAGGUAUCACCAUUCCCAACUCUGUAACCAAUAAUACUAGACUGGGGAGCGUUGAAACUGGACAAGUUACACCACCAGCUUAUUAUAAGAGCAAUGCUAAUACCAGUAGAGAUUUUGGGAUGCCGGCAAAUCAAGUGGGUCAACAGCAUGGAAACCAAUAUAGCAAUAUUUCUUCUGCAGGUGCUGCUCCUGGUUCAUAUACAUCAUGCACCAACUGUGGAGUCUCUGGUCAUAGCUCUGCACUUUGCCCAAAUAUUAGAAAUGUACCUGGACAUUCUGCAGGAGGGGGCUUUGCCAACAGGGCAUCUGCGGGAUUAGGUGGUGGUGGUGGAGCUUCUGUCGAAUGCUAUAAAUGUCAUCAAAGUGGUCAUUAUGCAAGAGAUUGUCCUGGUUUCAGUGCAGCACCUCCAUCAUCAUAUGGGAGCAAUUCAGGUGGUGGUGGUUCUGGCGAAUGCUUUAAAUGCCAUCAAACUGGCCACUGGGCAAGAGACUGUCCUGGUCUCAGUGCAGCACCUUCAUCAUAUGGAAGCGCUAAUGCAAUGCAGGGAAGAUAUGGGGUUGCUCAAAAGCAACAAUUUGGAGGAUAUUGAAAUUUGUUGGAGUUCGUUUUCAUUUUGUUUCAAGUAUUUUAUCAUGUCUUUGAAUAUAUAAGCAAUUUUCGUCUUAACUGUUAACUUCUGUAUAUACAGGAAGUGAUUAUGUGGUACUGAAUGCUACGUUUCUUUAUGCAAACACCGUGCGACGUGCAAAAUCAUAUACCAGUAUAUCUUUUAUUUCCGAUCA